CCCAUCCCAUCCCCUUCCCUUUCCCUUCUCUCUCCCCUUCUCUUCUUUCCCCUCCACUCACACGCGCGCGCGCACAUCACCCCGCCUCGCCUCGCCUCCCAUCACCCAAGUCUAGUUAUACGCCUCCUCGUAGCCGAAGCCCGGCACUUCUUGCAGCCGCUUGCGUCUCGUGGGCGCCGGCUCCGUUGCUGUCUUGCUGGUUAUUCUUUGGUGACGCGGGGGCGCGAGAGUGAGUGGUUCGGACUUCGGAAGGGGGGUUGGUCUUGUGAUCUUGAGAUGGCGACGGCGAUCUGCGUGGAGAACGAGGUGGCGUGCGCCGCGGCGGAAUGCACAGGCGGCGGGAUCGAGAAGCUGGAUCUCGGCGGCGGAGACAGGAAGGCCGGGGUCGCGGGGGGCGGCAAGAGGAGCGUGUACCUGAUGGACUGCGCGCCGGUCUGGGGCUGCGCGUCGACGCGCGGCCGCAGCGCAGAGAUGGAGGACGCGUGCGCGGCCGCCCCGCGGUUCGCCGACGUGCCGGUGCGCCUGCUCGCCAGCCGCCGGGACCUCGAUGGGCUCGGGCUCGAUGCCGACGCGCUCCGGCUGCCGGCGCAUCUGUUCGGCGUGUUCGACGGCCACGGCGGUGCCGAGGUGGCGAAUUAUUGCCGGGAAAGGCUCCAGGUGCUCUUGAGCAAGGAACUGAGGCAGCGCGGCAAGGAUUUGGUGGAGAUGGGCGAGGUGGAUAUGAAGGAGCACUGGGACGAGCUGUUCCGUCUCUGUUUCCAGAGGGUAGAUGACGAGGUGUCAGGGCGAGCGAGCAGGCUCAUCGAUGGCGUUGAACAGUGUCUGCCAGUUGCCCCGGAGAACGUUGGCUCGACAGUGGUUGUCGCAAUCGUGUGCUCCUCUCAUGUGGUGGUCGCCAACUGUGGAGAUUCACGUUCCGUGCUCUGUCGCGGGAAGGAGCCGGUGCCGUUGUCAAUUGAUCAUAAGCCUGAUAGGAAGGAUGAGCGGGCGAGGAUUGAGGCCCAAGGAGGCAAGGUCAUCCAAUGGAACGGUUACCGGGUGUCCGGUAUACUCGCUAUGUCGCGAUCAAUUGGGGACCGAUAUUGGAGGCCAUUCAUCAUCCCCAAACCAGAAGUUAUGGUUGUUCCUAGGGCGAAAGAUGAUGACUGCCUCAUUCUUGCAAGUGAUGGACUGUGGGACGUCAUGUCAAACGAAGAGGCCUGCAAAGUUGCGCGACGACAGAUCCAGCUGUGGCACAAGAACAAUAGUAUUGCAACAUCAUUGUCUGAUGAGGGUGAUGGAUCCACUGAUCCUGCUGCACAAGCAGCUGCUGAUUAUCUUAUGAGGCUGGCACUGAAGAAAGGAACCGAGGACAACAUCACUGUCAUUGUAGUCGACUUGAAACCUCGAAAAAAGCUCAAGAACAACUCCUAACAUGGCCUGGAUUCAUCUGAGUAGCUGACCAUGAUGUCCAAAGAUUUCAUACUGCUAGUUGGUCGUCCGCAUGAGACUUGACCCACAGUUUUUUUCAUUGGGCCUCAAGAAUUGUACAUGUAUAUGCUAGGUGCAUUUUUCAACUAGGGGUUAUGAUGUUUGCCCCCAUUCUGGAUUCUGGUGGUGAAAAUGUUUUCCAGACAGCUUCAACCGUGAGCCCUGGCACUUGAUAUUAUAGACGAGAUGUAAUGCUGUAUUAUAGUCGAACUUGUGAAGAGCCAAGCGGCUGAGACAGUCACUAAAAUUAACAUAUCGUUGUCACCUUUCAUGA